AUGGCUGAAACCGGGCAUCUCAGCGGCCACCCGCAAUCAGGAAACACAUCGAUUGAGAUUGCUGCUCUAACCGUGACAUUCACAGGAGUCGUUGAUCGUAAACCCACCAAUGGCCAUUCCGAAAAGCCAGCCUCCGGACAGCCCUUGACUCAUUUCCACUCGAUUGUUUACAGCUUACUCAGUUGGGAACGGCCCCAAACAACCGCCAUUUCUUAUGCUAGUGUCGCCGGUAUGAUCGUUGCCGGCCGCUACCUUCCUUUGCUUCGCUGGGCAUUGAAACUGCUAUACGUCUCCCUUGGAUUUACGGCCAUCGUCGAGGUUAUCGGGAGAACUGUGUUUGGUCGUGGCUUGAUGAGCGGCUCCCGUCCUCGCAAGUACUAUACGAUUCCCAAAGACACGGUUGAAAGCUUGCUCGAGGACCUCGAGCAAUUGAUGGACUUUUUCCUCAUCGAGUUCCAGCGCAUCUUGUUCGUCGAGAACCUGUCCUAUACACUGGCCACAUUCACCGCUGCUUUGGUUUCUUAUUGGCUCGUGCGAUUCUUGCCCCUCUGGGGUUUAGCCCUUAUCGGCGUCAACAUUGCCUACCUAGGGCCGCUGCUUUACCUUAGCAACAAGGAGUUCAUUGAUGAACAAAUUAACGCCGUGCAAGACUUGAUCAACGCGCAAGCGCGGGAAGUAAAGCAUAUGGCGGAAGCGCAGACCAGUCAGGCUACCGACAUUGUUAAGCAAUACGUUGGUGAAUAUCGUGCAAAGGCGCACGAAUACGUCGUUACCCCCCUCUCUCACCAACCAUCCCCAGAUGCGAACCAAAAGCAGAUUUCGGAUACCCCGGUCAAAACCGAGUCCCAACCGGGCCCAACAGCUUUGGAGCAUGCAGAUUUCCCGGAAACGCCACAGAGUGAGCUUCUUCCUCAUGUUCGCGAUGAGGCAAAGGGAGAGGAUGCUGGCCCGGAACUGGUUCCUGCAAUGUAA